AUGGGAGCUCGUUCAAGUCGUAAACAAUACAAUCAAUGGGAUUUGAACAGAUUAUCACAAGCAACUGGUAUAGAUCCUAACCAAAUUUCAGAAAUUCAUCAAGAAUUUAUGAAUGCAGCUGGUCGCGAUGGACAACUGACUCAGAAAGAAUUUACUAAAUUAUAUAGUCGGUUUCCUGGUUCUCAAUCUCAAGAUUCACGAUACAUGCAGGCUCAAAUUCCUCGCAUUUUUCGUACAUUUGAUCGUGAUGGCACAGGCAAACUUUCAUUCGAAGAAUUUCUUAGUGCUGUUGUUAUGAUGAAUCAUGAUAUGCCUCGACGUGAUCGUAUUCGUUUUCUUGUUGAACAAAACAAUAUGUAUGGAAAUGAGUAUGGUGAUGGGCAAAUUCCAGCUGAAUAUGGUCAGCAAAUCUUUGAACAUCUCAAUAAUUAUUAUAAUUUACCUUCGGGCACUGGACAGCAGUCUUGGCAACAACUUGAUGUGAAUAAUCAAGGUUACAUUAGUCAAGACGAACUUAUAGAUUAUAUUAGUCAACAAGAUGCCUACAAUCAACGCUACCAAUACUAG